AUGACCCAACCACCGUUCACAAUGACACAACCAUCGUUCAUAAUGACCCAACCACCGUUCAUCAUGACACAACCACCGUUCACAAUGACCCAACCAUCGUUCAUCAUGACCCAACCACCGUUCACAAUGACCCAACCACCGUUCAUAAUGACCCAACUAUCGUUCAUCAUGACCCAACUAUCGUUCAUCAUGACACAACCACCGUUCACAAUGACCCAACCAUCGUUCAUCAUGACCCAACCACCGUUCACAAUGACCCAACCACCGUUCAUAAUGACCCAACUAUCGUUCAUCAUGACCCAACUAUCGUUCAUCAUGACACAACCACCGUUCACAAUGACCCAACCAUCGUUCAUCAUGACACAACCACCGUUCACAAUGACCCAACCAUCGUUCAUCAUGACACAACCAUCGUUCAUAAUGACCCAACCACCGUUCAUCAUGACCCAACUAUCGUUCACAAUGACCCAACCAUCGUUCAUCAUGACCCAACCAUCGUUCAUCAUGACACAACCAUCGUUCAUAAUGACCCAACCACCGUUCAUCAUGACCCAACUAUCGUUCACAAUGACCCAACCCCGUUCACAAUGA